AUGUCAGUUGAUGUACCAAGAGAUAUUAAGUCUAUACAUGAAUAUGUUAACGAUGAACUGAGAAGAAUGGAGACUGAACACGACUCUUACUUGGUUGAGAACUGGGAUAUAGAAACCCUUAUCGCUUUUUUGAAAGAACAGAACCUCAAACUAGACGAUAAGAAGCACUAUGAUAUUCUCCGUAAACAAGAGGUUACGGGUCUCUCCUUUCUUAAGUUGACUGAAGAGAAGCUUAUAGCCCCGCCUUAUAAUUUUCCUGGUAGACCAGCUUUAUUGCUCGCUGAGGAGAUUAAGGCCCUCAAAGAAAAACCGAAGCGUCCGUUCUUCUCAUAUAAGAGUUUAAGUGAGGAUGAAAAUUACAGAUCUUUGAUUGUUGAUAGCUUGGAGAAUAUGCGUAAUGAAUACGUUUCAACAAUACUUCAUACUUCCCUCCAUAUCGCCAGGGACAUCACGAAAAAAGAAUUUAGUAUGAGACCUGAGUACAAAAUAAUUGGUGAUGAAAGUUCCGGGCGGGUCGAUUACGCAAUUAAGGUAUAA